ACAACUGACUGUGUGCGGGUCGACGUGGGCGUGCAAUGUCACCUACCGCAGCAGCUCCAGCCCACUUCCUGUCCCAGUUCAUAGCCAAAGAAGAGAAGUUUUAUAUGACACUCCAAGAAGUUCAAGAUGGGGUUCUGGGAGACAUCAAGUCUGCUGAUGUUGGCGAUCAGGCCCGCAGAUGCCAUGAUGACGCUGUAUGACCCCAAGCUGUGUUACAUCUUGGAUGGCUUUCUGGGUCUGUACGGCCUGGUCAUCACUGCCAUGUUUAUUAAGGAGAAGUUCUUCAAAACAAGGGAGCUAAGGGAUAGCGGCCAGACGGCAUUGAACAGAAGAACAGAAGACGAAUACAAAGAACUUCCUGUAAAGAGAGACAGAUCCAGAAGAAAAGAUCUAGUUUACCAGGGUCUCAGCACUGCCAACAGAGACACCUACGACUCCCUCCAGAUGCAGCCGUUUCCAACCCGCUGA